AUGAAUAGAUCAAGCGAAAUUGAGUUGCUUACAUGGAUUAAAGGCAUACUUUCACUGAAGAUAAAUGAAAAAACAGAGAACCUAAUGGACUUGCUAGCAGAUGGGAUGGUUUUAUGCAAUCUCAUAAACGCAUUUAUUCCUAACAAAUGCAAAGCAAAGCAAUCUUCUAUUGUAUUUAAGAAAAUGGAGAACAUUGACAUGUUCUUAAGGGCGGCAAAGGAAAUAGGUGUAUUAGACAGCGAGCUGUUCCAGACUGUAGAUUUGGUACAAGAAGACCGAAGAAACCCAAAGCAGGUUGCAAUAUGCCUGUACUCUCUUAGCAGAAACUUAAAAAGACAAUUCCCAAAUUCGAAAUUUAAAAUAAUUGGACCUAAGCUAGCAAAUCCAAACAUUCGAGAAUUUACACAGGAACAACUGGAUAUGGGAAAGAAAAUAAUAAGUGUUCAAAUGGGAACAAACAAAGGAGCAAAUCAGUCUGGACAUGGAACUGGUGUAAGGCAAAUAACCCCAGGAUAUGAAUAA